GUUGAAGCGAUGCCUGCACGUUUCCGUGGGAGCCCCGCCACGAGCGGGGACGGGCUGCGAGUCCACCCCCAGCACCGCCGGCGCUGCCACCACCCCGUGCUGUGACCCCGGCACCCACCGCCCCGCGCUGCCCACCCCGGCCGGGCAGCGGGAGCUGCCCCGGGAGUGAUGCUGCUGGAGGAGCCCAUGUGAUGCUGGGCUGGCGCCGCUCGCUCCUCGUCCCUCUCCCGCUCGCUCGCAGGCUGUCAUGGCGACUCCCAACAAUGUUACUCCCACCAACUGCAGCUGGUGGCCCAUCUCGGCGCUGGAGAACAACGCGGGGAAAUCCGCGGAGGGGGAGGAAAACCAGGACCCGACGGACCCCGCUCUCAAAUCCCAGGACAGAUUGGUUUUGUACCACUGGACCCAGUCCUUCAGCUCACAAAAGGUGCGGCUGGUCAUCGCAGAGAAGGGGCUGCCCUGCGAGGAGCGGGAUGUCAGCAUGCCCCUGAUGGAGCACAAGGAGCCCUGGUUCAUGCGGCUCAACCUGGGGGAGGAGGUGCCCGUCAUCAUCCACAGGGACAACAUCAUCAGCGACUACAACCAGAUCAUCGACUACAUGGAGAAGAACUUCACGGGAGAGAACGUCACGCAGCUGAUCCCGGAGCCGGGCAGCCUGCUGCACUCCCGCGUGCUGCAGUACCGGGAGCUGCUGGACUCGCUCCCCAUGGAUGCCUACACCCACGGCUGCAUCCUGCACCCCGAGCUCACCACCGACUCCAUGAUCCCAAAGUACGCCACCACUGAGAUCCGCAGACAUUUAGCCAAUGCCAGCACAGAUCUGAUGAAGCUGGAUCACGAAGAGGAGCCACAGCUCUCUGAGCCCUACCUCUCCAAGCAGAAGAAGCUCAUGGCCAAGAUCCUGGAGCACGACAAUGUGAACUACUUGAAGAAGAUCCUGGGAGAACUGGGGAUGGUGCUAGACCAGAUUGAGGCCGAGCUGGAGAAGAGGAAACUGGAGUACCAAGGGCAGAAGUGUGAACUUUGGCUCUGCGGAUGCGUCUUUACUUUGGCUGAUGUCUUGUUAGGAGCCACCCUGCACCGCCUCAAGUUUCUGGGACUCUCUAAGAAAUACUGGGAAGAUGGCAGCAGACCUAACCUACAGUCCUUCUUCGACAGGAUACAGAAACGCUUCGCCUUCAGGAAAGUUUUGGGAGACAUACACACCACGCUCCUCUCUGCAGUGGUACCCAACGCCUUCAGGCUGGUCAAGCGGAAACCCCCCUCCUUCCUUGGAGCCUCCUUCCUCAUGGGAUCUCUGGGGGGAAUGGGAUAUUUUGCUUAUUGGUACUUAAAGAAAAAAUACAUCUAGUGCUGACUGCUUGGUGUUUAGUUUGGUGUCUCUGUGCUGUGUGAAAUUAUGAUGAAGCCUCAGUAACUGUAAUGAAAUUUGAAGCAAGGUAAUGAAUAAUUAUAUUGUUUAAUGUAACAUUCCAUAGUCUAGAAGUAGAAACCUGUAUUCAAGGAAAUAAGACAACAACAACAACAACAACAACAAAAAAGUGUCAACUUGUAAAUGCCUUUUUUAGGUUUAAGUGUUCAACUCCAGUGAGAGGCUCAGGGGUUCACGUGCCCACUGGGAAGCAACGCCGCCUCCAGCACCAGCUGGCUCCAGUGGGAGAGACAGGAAUCCCAGGAAGCUUCCCAACACCCAAGUUGACUAAUGGGACUUGGAUACUUGGUCCUCUACAUUUGUGUUUCCAAAUUGUUCACCGGCCACAUUUCACACAUGCAGGUAGUGGGGACUUUCUUCUUCUAGAAGGCGUCGUGUUGUGCUCAGAGGCUUUCCUGGGAGCAGGGUGCAGUAGCUGGUCACAGUCAAGGUGGAUUUCCAUUCUUCAAGUAUCCAUUUUUUAAAUUAUUUUCAUUGAAAGGAAUAUUUUUUAUUGAGCUGCUCUUAGAAUGUAUCCACUUUCUACGUCUGGUUUCGGUGGGAUUUUUUUUUAAGGAAUUUAAUGUCUGUCUUUAACUGCUGCACUUUUUUCUUGAGAUAAAUCAUUUUGACUUCCAUCCCGAAUUUUGGCACACCAAGGAGUUUAUUGGUUUAAGCCUUUUGGCUCCGUCUCUUGAGUUUUCCUUCACGGAUUUGCAAAGCAUCUUUCACCGACUGAGCAUAUGUGGACUCUGAAAAAGUACAACCAUUUUCAGAACUUUUCAGCACUUUCCUGAAGGCGCUUUGGCUUUCUUCCAUCCGGGGCUCCUUUCUGUCAUCCCCUCGCUGUGUGUUUUCUUAGGGACACUUUGCACAGAAUCACAUUGAUGACUUUCUUGUGCCUUUUGCAUGCUGGAAAGAAUAACGGGCCUCACUGCUACUCGUGCUUUGGAAACUGAGAUCCUCAAUAAACCAUAUGGGAGGAGUAA